AUGAUAAGAAAAACUCUCCGCUUUCUAUUAUUAUACUUGCAGAUAGUCACCUCUUCCGCGAUUUUUACCAAGCAAAUCAUCCUGGGUGCCCAACAACCAUCUCAUGAUGGUUUGCCUUAUAACGCAUCCCGAACCGUGAUUUUCACAGGACACACGGUUACACUCGAUGGCGUUCCAUAUUAUGUACCACCUGAGCCUGCAACAUCGAUAAUAGUUCCAGGUAAUAUAAAAUUCAAUCCUGGUUUGAGCCCUUUGACAGUCUUCAGACCGAGUGCUCUGCCUUUCCGUCAAGAAGAGCUUGAAGCUGCAGUUGAGAACUAUUUGGAUGAGGAUGAUGUUUUCACCACUUCGUUUUUGCGAGGUAUAUACGUACGCUUGUUUGAGGAAACAGAGACGCCCAUAUCUAUCUCAGAACUAGCAAGCUACGGCGUCGAAACCAUUCUCAUGGGAUCGGCCAAUCUUCCUGCUGGGCCUUACUUUAUCUCAUCUGAGGGACACGUAUUCCAAGCCUUGAGACUAUUCGCAGAUACCCAAGGUGCUUUUUCUCAAAGCCUCGUAGCCAACACAGCAGACGGCUCAUAUUCACCGUUACCCGCGACUUUACCAGGUGUUGAAUCAGCUAUUGCUAUACCGUCACGGCUCUAUUUCACAAGAACCCCAUCUCAACCAUUAGCAGGUGUACGGCUUGCCGUUAAGGACAUUUUUGAUAUUGAGGGUAUUCGUACUUCGGCUGGUAGCCGAGCUUGGUAUUAUUUCUACCCUCCUGCGAACACCACGAGCCCAGUUGUGAAUGCUCUCAUUGAGGCAGGUGCUGUCGUUGUGGGAAAAGUCAAAACAUCUCAGUUCGCCAACGGACAAUUAGCCACUGCAGACUGGAUUGACUACCACUCCCCCUUCAACCCGCGAGGUGAUGGGUAUCAACAACCGUUUUCUUCGUCCACCGGCGCCGGUGUUGGUGUCGCUUCAUAUGACUGGUUGGAUCUGGCAUUGGGAACAGAUACUGGAGGAUCAAUCCGUUUUCCUUCACAGUCCAACGGCGUAUUUGGGAUUCGAGCGUCCCACGGAGCUGCAUUGUUGGAAAAUGUCGUUCCACUGGCACCCCAGUUUGAUACUGCUGGUCUUAUUGCGCGUGAUCCUACUGUGUGGAGGAUUGCCAGUCAAGUAAUCUACUCCAAUACAACAUUCGACUGGUCUGCGUAUCCGAGGAAAAUUCAAACAAUCAUCUCGAAACCGUUGGAUUUGUCCGAUCCGAUUGAUAGUAUGGUGGACAAAUUCCUGGAAGAAUUGAGCGAGCAUCUACCAGCCUCCUUGACAUACCUUGACGUUCCUUCAUUGUGGACAGAAACUCAUCCAUCUAAUAUGUCCUCAAACUUGACAGAAGCAAUCAACAGGAUCUACCCUACUAUCAUUGGCAUUGAACAGGCACAGCUCGUCCGGGAUGCUUUCUAUGCCGACUACAAAACCAAACACUCGGGACGACGCCCCUUCGUGAACCCUGCACCUCGAAUCCGCUGGGGAUACGCCGACUCCCUACCCACCGGCACACUCGAAGAAGCAAUCACAAACCAGACAGCAUUCCAAUCUUGGAUUGAUAAUAACGUUCUCAAACCAAACGCCCAAUCAUGCUCAGAUAGCCUGUUGGUUUACGUUGAACCGGCUACUCGAAUGCCAUUAUACCGGGACUGUUACCGCAACGAACCUGCUAUCCCUUUUGGUUCCGGUGCGAAUAUGAUUAGUGUUUAUGGUGGAGUGCCGGAUAUGGUAAUACCAAUUGGAGAGAAGACGUACGUUAGUCAAGUGACUGGGGUCGAGGAGAAGUCACCGGUCAGCGUAAAUUUGGUGGCUGCGAAAGGCUGUGAUGGGAUGCUUUUUCGAUUAGUCAAUGAACUUGUGCAAAAGGGUAUAUUGCGAGAAGUCAAGGCUGGUCGGUCAUUGGUUAAUGGUGGUAAUAUUUUGUUUUGA